CGCGCACGCGCAGCGUGGCCGCGCCGGCGACGUGGAGGCGGGCGGGGACCGUGAGGGGCCGUGAGGGGACCCGGGAGCGGCACCGGCGACGCACCCGCCACCGACCCCGCCAGCGACCUCGGGCCCAGGGCACGGACGAAAUGAAAAUUUAGAAAGACAUUUGCCGAAUAAAGAAGAUGGGAGCAAACAGCAGCAGCAUCAGUGAGCUCCCAGAGAAUGAGUACUUACAGAAACUGUCAGGAUCAGAGCCCAUCUCUGAGAAUGACCCAUUCUGGAAUCAGCUUCUGUCUUUCAGCUUCACCACUCCCACAAACAGUGCUGAUUUAAAGCUCUUGGAAGAAGCCACAAUCUCAGUCUGCAAGUCUUUAGUUGAGAAGAAUCCUCGAACGGGAAACCUUGGAUCAUUGAUUAAAGUCUUUCUUUCUAGAACCAAAGAGUUAAAAAUUUCAGCAGAAUGUCAGAACCACCUCUUUAUCUGGCAGGCUCACAACGCGCUGUUCAUUAUUUGCUGUUUGCUGAAAGUGUUCAUCAGUCGAAUGUCAGAGGAGGAGCUGCAGCUUCAUUUCACUUACGAAGAGAAAGCAGGACCAAGCUCAUACGGAGCAGAGUGUGAAGACCUCAUAGAAGAGUUGCUGUGUUGCCUCAUCCAGCUCAUUGUUGAAAUUCCCCUCUUGUACCCCUGUCAGCACACAGACAGUAACUGGUGGAAAUGGUUGUGCUCAUGGUACAGGGGAAGGUACAGUGGAGGUGUCACUUCAGCUCUGGGGUAUGCAGUAAGGGAUAUUACGUACAGCAUUUCUUUGGAAGCCGUGACAACUCUCAUUGUGUUCCUCUCCUGCCAAUUAUUCCACAAAGAGAUCCUGCGAGAGAGCAUCAUUCACAGAUACCUGAUGCGUGGUCGAUGUCUCCCAUACACCAGCAGACUUGUGAAAACUUUGCUGUAUAAUUUUAUUAGACAAGAGAGAAGCCCUCCUCCAGGGACCCAUGUCUUUCAGCAGCAAACAGAUGGAGGAGGACUGCUCUAUGGAAUUGCAUCUGGGGUGGCAACCGGCCUGUGGACAGUGUUCACGCUGGGCGGGGUGGGCAGCAAAGCGUCGGCGCAGCUGGAGCAGUGCUCCCCUCUGGCCAGCCAGAGCCUGCUGCUGCUGCUGGUGCUGGCCAACCUGACGGACGCCCCCGACACCCCCAACCCCUACAGGCAAGCCAUCAUGUCCUUCAAGAACACACAAGAUAACACUGCUUUUUCGUCAUCAAAUCCACACGCUUUCCAGAUCAACUUUAACAGUCUGUACACAGCUUUGUGUGAGCAGCAGAAAUCUGAUCAAGCCACUCUUCUCCUGUACAUGCUUCUGCAUCAGAACAGCAACGUGCGGACCUACGUGUUGGCACGGACAGACAUAGAAAAUCUGGUUUUGCCAAUUCUUGAAAUUCUGUACCACGUUGAAGAAAGGAAUUCACACCAUGUUUACAUGGCCCUUAUCAUUUUGCUGAUCCUCACUGAGGAUGAUGGCUUCAACCGAUCCAUUCAUGAAGUGAUACUGAAAAAUAUCACUUGGUAUGCUGAGCGUGUCCUAACAGAGAUCUCACUUGGGAGUCUUCUGAUACUGGUUGUGAUAAGAACCAUCCAGUACAACAUGACACGGACAAGGGACAAAUACCUCCACACAAAUUGUCUGGCAGCCUUAGCAAACAUGUCGGCGCAGUUCCGCUCGCUUCAUCAGUAUGCUGCUCAGAGGAUCAUCAGUCUAUUUUCUCUGCUGUCUAAAAAACACAACAAAGUGCUGGAGCAGGCCACGCAGUCCUUGAGAGGUUCCCUGGGUUCAAACGACUCUCCACUUCCUGAUUAUCACUUCUGGGAGAUGUCUGAUUGCCUUCACUUCUCUGAAACAAAGUUGACACACGCUCAAGACCUGAAUGUGAUCGAGGAGGUGAUCCGAAUGAUGCUGGAGAUCAUCAACUCCUGCCUGACCAACUCCCUGCACCACAACCCCAACCUGGUGUACGCGCUGCUCUACAAGCGCGAUCUGUUCGAGCAGUUCCGGACCCACCCCUCCUUCCAGGACAUCAUGCAAAACAUAGACCUGGUGAUCAGCUUUUUCAGCUCCCGACUAGAGCAAGCUGGAGCUGAGCUGUCAGUGGAACGGGUUCUGGAAAUCAUCAAGCAAGGAGCUGUUGCUUUGCCCAAAGACAGGCUAAGAAAGUUCCCCGAGCUGAAGUUCAAGUACGUGGAGGAGGAGCAGCCCGAGGAGUUCUUCAUCCCCUACGUGUGGUCCCUGGUGUACAACUCUGCCGUGGCCCUCUACUGGAACCCCCGUGACAUCCAGCUCUUCACCAUGGACUCGGGCUGAGGGCCACGGCCAACCCAACCUCUGCCCCCUCAACCCUUCCCUCCAGCUGACCCCAGAGUGCCCAGCCCAGCCCCACGCUGGGACAGACUGCUGUGGGGCACUGGGGCUCGUAGGCAACCUUGUGUUUAUAUUCCUAACCUAGAGCUUGUUUGAUGAAAAUGAGGCCUUACACAUGGGGUAUGAUGUUACUACCAACCGCAGACCUGAUCGUCCUAACCUAACGGGCUAAAUGAGAUUGCAGGCUUUGAUUUGGGAGCAGCGUUUGCAUUUCUGGCUCUUUCGAGUGGACAGCUUCCUUGGGUCGAGCUUUUUGUGGUCUCUUGGAUGCUGCUGUGGGUUGCUCGUUACCUAAUCCUGUGUUUUCACUCACAGCCCUUCGUUUCCGUGGCACUGUCAAGGCUGCAGCCCUUAAAUUGCUGUCUACACUGUCAUCCCAGGGAACCAAGCAAGCAGCAUCUUAACCAGGUUAGCUCCCAGGCAGAUUCAAAACACUUGAUUUAGAUGUUUGUGGGAGGAUUUUCGAUAGCAAGUCUUCUGUUGUUGUUGUUGUUUGACUGGCGAGUACUCUCCAGAGGGCAAGAGACACCUGCUUUCGGAGUCAGCUCCCUUACAGACUUGUUUUUCUGUGCUCCUGUGCAAAAUUGUUCCUGGAAAUUGAACGUGUAAGGAAAGGGGGGGAAAAAAAAGUCCAAAGAAAAUAAUUAGAGACUGUAAAAUAGACCAUUGUCCUGUAAACCUGUGCGUAAUGGUGACAGUGUGUUUUGGGGAUCCUUGACAAAGCUCUGUGUUGAAAACCUCCUGUUGGCUUUUACAGUUUUACGGCAGAAAUAUAAAUUUAUCUGAAUGUAGAAUACUACUCUCUUUUUCUGUUGUUUUCAAGUGCCCUUUCCUGAUAGACCUGCUUCAGCAGUGGGAAAAGCAAAAGAGGUGGUGUGAUUUUUGAAAGAAAUCUCAUUUUUCAAAGUGGGGAUCAUAUUUUGGGGAUGCCUGUUGCACACACGUGCGCCCACUCUCCUCGUCCCACGUGCUGCUGUGUGGGGGACUGUCACCAGUGCACUGCAUGCCAAAACUUCAGUUUUGAGGAAUUAGCUCCUGAGGAUGCGUGGCAACCCUCUGUAUUCACUGCCUGCUCCAGCAUGCUCUGUUUGUUGACCUGAGGAAUCGGGUGCAUUUGCUUUCAGAAAGUCCUUUGAAUGGCUUUAAAUAGAAUUUCUUGCACCGUUCUGUCCCUCUGAAGGAUGUGCUAAGAUUGUACUUUCUUUUUAUAUGCUUAUUUAGAGACAGUAGUCCAUUUGAGUCCUACACAAAUGGAAAUGCUGGCUUAUUAGAAAAAAAAAAAAAAAGCUUUCCAAAUUUAUUUAAGUAUAGCUGCAAAGGGAUAUAUACAGCCCAUGAGCAUUAAGGACUUUGAAAUAAUAGAAGUUUUUGAGAAAAGUCAAUGGUAAGACUGGAGAUGCAGUGUUUUCUUAGGCAAAUGGAAGAAACUAAUUAACCAUGACUGAGCUGCACAUAAGUUGAUCUGUAUUUCGGAUUUAUUCUGUUUUGUUUUGGUCUUUGAGCAAACAUCAAAAGGGGAUAACUGUUCUUGGUUACUGUAGUGAUUUGUAAUUUUGUCUUUAUUAAAAGACUAGGAGUGUUUGUGAGUCAACAGGGCUGCCCAGAUUUGGAAAGGUCAGUCUGAAGAUGCACUUUUAAACCGUGGAUUCUGAAGCUGCUGGGCUGGCUCAGUGUUCAUCUGUUCUGAGCACCCCGGGGGGAGCAGAGCACUGCUCAGCCAGGUGUCAGACUGCAGAAAACCUGAUUUGUCUGUGGAAGGGCUUUCUGCAGGAGAGGGGCACAUGAAGCAGCAAUCUGAUGGAACAGGUCAAACAGCUGCUGAACCAGCAUCACACAGAAAAUUCUCUCUCACUGUCCUCCCGUUGUGGUGACACUGAGGGGCAGAGGGUUUCCUUUGCUGGCGUGAUUUCCUUGUGUGUGUCAUGAAAUGCCCUGCUACGGGGUCCCAGCUGGUUUGGAGCAGCUGGAGUUACCACCCAAAGCCAAAACAGCAGAGCCAGACCAAGAUCUAGGCAGAAAUCCAUGCUGGCCCCAUUGGCUCUCCCGAGAGCUGGGGCGUGGGCCUGGCAGUGUCCUGACAUCUGCAGUCUGGUACGGUCACAAAUACUCUGUUCUUCCUUCACCUUAGGGAUCCUUUUCAUUUCUUUGUGUGAAAGAUUUAUUAUGCGUAAUUACAGAAAUAAAAAAGAUAAAACGGUAAA